CCCUACCUUGAAUAGUAGGCGACUUUCAGACCUCAGUCUGACUUGGCUGCUCACUGCACACGCCAUGAAAACUUGGUUACUUACUGCACACGCCAUGAAAGCAUGCACAGUGGUCAUGAUCAUUUGUAUCCUAAUGAUGUCGUCGGCACAACAAAACGUGACAACAGAAGACUCAAAUAUUAUAACUCCAGAACAAAUAUCGGUGAUGGAUGCUAAAAAAGUAGGUGACUCGUGCACGAGGGAUGAUCAGUGCACCAAAAACCUGGGAAGGUACUCUGAGUGCAAGACGGGUACAUGCAUCUGUAAGAAUGGAUCUCGCAAGAGCAGCGACACUUCUAAGUGCGAGAAGGAAAGAAGUUUUGCUGUCCGCCAUCUUGCCUCCAUGACAUGGGUUGCUCUAAUGGCCGUGCUGAAUACCGCGCUCUAAUCAGUUCAACUGGAGCCACGCGAUAACCAAAUGAUUUCUGGAGUACGAUGCAGUGUCAAAAUACUUGUACCUUUGGUAGCAUUAGGCACAGACUCUCUCAUCAAGUUUCUUUAUCAUUCAAAGGGUAAAAGAGAAAAUUUAACGCUUGGUACCAUCUUGAAUUCGAAUGUAUCGUUUCUAUUUUGAAUACCAAACUCCAAUCGUUUCUUAUAAUCGAUUAUCAGUUUUCUCGAUUCAUAUUAGAAUUACAGAAAUACAUUCUCUGUAUCUCUAUAGCAGUAUAUACCCUAAGAACAUUGCGUAACAACUACACUGGACAUUUAUUGAGAGUUAUGUAACAUGUAAGCCCUGUAGGAAAUAUUAAGUAAACUUUAUGAGGAAUAAUAUUAGAGAUAAGUCUGAAUCGGCACAACAAAAUAUCUACGAGUAACUUCACUCAGCUUCAGUCAUAAAACAGUAUUAGUAUCACUGUUAUUUGUUAUAUUAUUUUUAUGAAAAUUUCUAAUCAGACAUAUACAAGCAUAAGCAGAAUUUAUCAGUAAGCUCCAUGAAUUAUAAACCUGGGUGAAACUGUGGAAUAAUUUAUUUAUACUAAAAAUUUAAUAAAUAUUGUAAACCUCUCUGCUCUUUGUCUUACUGCUGCAGUAAAUAUCGUGUAUAAGCACUACAAUAUUAUUUACUACGCUCUUUGUAUGCAAGCACAACAACACAUCUCAGUUCUCUUGUAGCAAAUCUGAGGGGUCCAUGAGUAGCCUGGAAUCUUCUUAAGAAAUUCUUAAAAUUUAAUUUACCACGAAGACAAGUACCUGAAAAUUCCACGACUUUCUUAAAUACUGCGAGUUUCCUAAGACUCGACAUACUUUAAACACGACUAUAAUAAAAUGGAAUAGAAUUUUUCAGUAAUAUAUUAAUUUCUUUAUUAAUUUGUGCAUCUGUAAUAAUUUUUUCAUUAAUUUGUUCACGAUGUUUAUACAUUCUUUAACGGGGAUAUUUACGUCAAGAUCUUUCAUGUCCACUCUUAAAGUGCGUCCACAUUACACGUGCUCCUGCUCGUGCUCGUGCUGGCGUGACUCGUUAUGCUCGCGCGUAAUGUGGACGAUAUGAUAAAUCACUAG